AUUUCAUUCAAGUGAUGGCGGCUUAUGGUGCAGCCACUUCUGUCAAGAAUACGAUUCAGCGUAUUCUACGAUCGUCUCGGAUUUCGCUGGUUCCUCCCUCUCAACAAGUCUUACAACCAGCGUAUGAGGCCAUGGUUCGCUUGCAGAAAGUUCUACUAAAAUUGGAUGAGACGAGCUGCAGCAAGAUCAGGACGAAGGUGAAUGCUUUGGAUGACCGAAUCAAAAAGGUCAUAUGGGACUUCGAAGAUUUGGUAGAGUCCCGUUACAGCGAUCAGAUUCUUCCACAGCUCGAAAGUGUGAGAGAUCGCUUGUCUUUCUUAGUAGAUAUGCAGAGCCUGCAGCAGAGUGUUGAUUGCUUCAUCGAGAGGGUGACGGUGAUGGAGGCAGAGUAUGAUAUGGAGCUGCUGAAUAUGCCUGAAGAAGAUGGUGAACCUCUUUCCUCAAGAAUUGAUUUUGGUGGAAUCAACUCUAAUAUGGUUGGAUUAUCUCAAGAAUUUGAACAAGUCAGGGAUUAUCUAAUCAAAGAUGAUGGGAAAUGGUUAAUAUAUAGACUAUCUGAAGAAGUUGAAGAAGAAGUGAGGGAUUAUAUUACUGAUGAUGAAGGGAACUGGUUAUUAGUGACCGGGAUGGCAGGGGUAGGAAAGACAGCUCUUGCUAAGAAAAUAUUUGAUGAUCCAUCGAUUCAGAAACAUUUCGAGCUUCGAGCAUGGGUCAAAGUGGGCAGAAAGUGUGAAUUCGAUGAAACGUUACGAUGCAUUCUAGCUCAAGUGGAUCCCAACAUUCUAUCUCAAUGCAGAACCAACGAGAAGUUAAGCGGAGUCUUGGAAGAGAGAUUGAAGGAUAAGAAAUGUCUCAUUGUGUUGGAUGAUGUAUGGGAAUGGGACACAAGAGUAAUGGAUACCUUGCGAAAAGAUAAAGUCCGAAUCUUGCUUACAAGCAGGAAAACAAUUAGAGAAUAUCCAGUUCAAGUAGUACGCUUAUUGGAUGAAAGCGAAAGUAAGAAAUUACUUGGUCAGGAGAUAUUCGGUGAAGAGGGCUUCCCUCCUUACCUUGAUAAAGUGGGAGAGAAGAUUUCCGACAAAUGCGAAGGUCUUCCGCUUAUGAUAGUCACAGUUGCAAAGCUCCUAUCCAAAGAAGACAUGAGCCCACAAUACUGGACCGAUGUAGCCUAUAAACAACAUAAUUCAAUCUUUGUGGAUGCAUAUAAUCAAAUAUCAGAGGUACUUUUCCCAAGCUAUGAAUACUUACCUCAAUAUUUAAAAAUGUAUCUUCUCUAUUUGGGAGCUUUCCCUCCGUAUAGGGAUAUUGAACCAUUCACGAUCUACAAUCAGUUGAGCGCCGAGGGAUUUCUUGAACCAAUUGGACAACAAACUUGGGAAAAUUUUAUGGUCGAACGCUUGGUUGAGCUUGGUCACAGGUAUCAUCUUUUUCUAUUCGAAUUAGAUGGUUCAUCUUGGUUUUCAAAGAAAGAGUUUCGCGUGCAUUCUUGUUGGCAGCACUUGUGUAGAAAAGAAGCUAGUAAGAUCAAGUUUUUGCAUGUUUUACAAAGUUAUGAUGAUGAUAUGAAAGACCAACGUCGGUUGUGUGUCCAUUCCAACACUUUGUUUGCCUUCAAAGAAGUGCAUGACUCAAUAAAAAGUGAUUGCGCAUCUACUGCCCGUUCUCUCCUUUGUUUAGGUACUUUCCAUCAAUAUCCAGUGCCAAUACAUGCCAUGGAUUUCAAGUUGCUUAGGGUGCUGGAUGCCCUUAUGGUCCGGUUUUACCACAUCCCACUUGAAAUUUUGAAAUAUGUUUGUCUAAACUACAUUGCCUUGACUUGCAACACAGAGCUCCCUAAUUCCAUAUCUAACCUGUGUCAACUUCAAGUCUUGAUCAUCACCAAAUGUAUAAACAUUAAAAAGCGUGGAGCUUUGUCGUAUAUGCCGGUGGAAAUAUGGGACAUGCAAGAACUGCAACAUAUUCAUGUUGUGGGCAUAGAUCUACCAACCCCUAAUUCUGAUGCGACUUUGGACAAACUCUCUAGUCUUGGUGGUGUGACCGCAAAGAGUUUCACUAGAGAAAUUCUCAAAAAAGUCCCUAAUUUAAAGGAGUUAUUUUUCAGAUAGAGUUUAAGCCUUAUGAUUACGACGAUGAUAGUAACCCAUUGAGUGGCUUGGAUCAUCUCUCAAAAGAGCUCCACAAUUUGGUUAAACUCUCAUGUUUGGUACAGAGCCCUGAUAUGAAGUAUGUGUCUAUGGUUCCUCUAUCAAUGUUCCCAUCAAGUCUGGUAAUAUUGCACUUAAGUGGCUUAGGGUGUCCAUGGAAGCACAUGAAUGACAUUGGUUUCAUGCUACCAAAUCUUAUUUCCCUCGCAUUAAAACAUUAUGCCUUUCGUGGGAUAUAGAAUCAGGGUGUUUUUGGAAACUUAAGACACUUAUAAUUGAAGAUACUGAUUUAAUGCUGUGGAGACCUCAACAUGGAAGUCUCCCAAGCCUUAGGCUCCUGAGCAUACGACAUUGCUACAAAUUACAACAGCUCGAUUGGAUGAAUGAUCUGUCAACGGUCACAACGGUAACAGUUGAAUUAGUUGAGUGCAAUCCCUUAGCAGUCGCAUCAGCCAAGCAAUUAAGACCAGAAUCUCACUUUAAGAUUCGUUUCUACUCUUCUUUUUGAGAUGACAAGUCGUAUCUAGACUCUCAACUUGGUUAACAGGCAAAAUGAGAGAGCAUAAGGGAUUAGACGCUAUGUUGUAUUGCCAUGUUGUUCAUAUUAAUCUAAGGAUAGUAAUUUGUUGGAUUUUGUUGAGGAUUAUGAAACCUUAAUGUUAAAUUAUGUUUGAUUUUGU